UCGGCUUACUGACAACGACCAACGGCGGCUUUUAGCUGUUUAGCUUCCCGAACAUGUAACGGUCGCGCCACUGUACCAUUCGUUGCCAUUCGUACUGUGAAUUUGCGUGUGAGGUUGUGUGAGUUUUUGAAGAACUCUAUUGAAAUGUUACUUGAUGUUACUUGCAAAUGAUUUGUACGUAAGUCAUCCUGUCUCAGCAUAAUUGCUGAAUGUGAAUGCUGACAAGUCAAACCGUUGCUCGUUGAAUAACAACAGUAAAAUAAUAAAGACUUGACGACCGCGUUUGACGAUUGCUCUGUCUUCCGACACAACUCGAUCACUUUGGUAAGAUUCCCAAAAGAUUCUUCUUCGGACAAUCAUUUAGAACAAUCACUAUAACCUCAAAUAGUUUAUCAUAGAUGAGCUCUGUUUAGAUAAGCCAGUGUUUAUUGACUGACGACAUAUCAUGACGUGUUAGUUAAAUGUGUGAUUUUUUCUGAUAAGGGAAUUCUUCAUUAUCAAUUUGAAAUAAUGGAAGGCCCAGUGGAAAUAGUCUACCGUCCCGAAAUUGUUAUGUUGGCUAUACUGAGCAACGAUUGAACCGCAAAUACGUCGAGAAAACAUGUGCAGAUGUUACGGACUACUAUCGGGUGGAUGACAGGCUCAUCAUCAAGGAUGGAUUCCAGUAAGAAAUCAGGGGCAAGUACCAGCACAGUCGCACAGUCCGAGAGCUCAGACUCUAUAGAGGUAGACAAUUCACGUACAGUUCUGCUGAAGAUAGCAACACUGUACGCGGAGCGUCUUAUGAAUGAUAUCUGUCUUGUUGUGGAUGGGGUAGAAUAUCCAGCACAUCGACUUAUACUUUGUGCUUCUAGUGAUGUUUUCCAAGUGAUGUUGAUGAGCCCGCAAUGGAGCGAGUCUCAGGAAAGCAGGGUAACUCUCCAAGAAACGCCGCAAUGUGCACCUAUAUUCAGCGAAUUUUUGCGCUAUUUUUACACUGGCCAGAUAAGAAUAAACCACAGCGUCGUUCUACCAAUAUUGUCCCUAGCAGAUAAGUACAACGUCAAAGAUUUGAUAUCGUUGUGCCUUGAUUACAUGCGAAAUCACGUCGCUCUGGCUGCUAUACACGGCAGUCUGGUAUCGUGGCUGCAAUACACGUUGAAUUGUGGGCAUCAUGACAUUAGCCAAGCGUGCCAAAACUUCAUUAAGUGGAAUUUGGAGCUUGUGGCAGGGACUGCGGACUUUGGAAAUUUUGAUCUAGAUAUUUUAGUGUCCUUAUUGCAUCAAAGUAGUUUAGUUGUGAAAGAUGAGAUGACGCUUUACAAGUGCCUAGAAUAUUGGCUGAAUUAUCAGGCGGGUCGUUUGAGAAAGCAGCUCUCGCCGGAUGAGUUGGAAGCGACGUUGCAUCAGUUGGUCAUAGCGGUGAUGUCGCCCGUUAGAUUCCCGAUGAUGUCACCGCGGCAAUUGGCGGAUCUGUUGCUGUCGCCGUUAACGAAGAAGUAUAAGGAAUUCUUUGUGGAACGUAUGUCGAUUGGCAUGUCUUUCCAUUCAGGCCAAAUCGACAGAGUCAGAGAAGUCAGCAUGAGCGAAGAGGAUGGCGCAUUGCUGUUUGAGCCAAGAUUGUAUACCGUUGACACAUGUAGCUCGUUAUUGACCAUAGAGAACUUUCACAGUUUGCCAUCAUAUCAUAUGAGGACACUCGUAUUUUCUAGUCACUCCUGUUUAGCGGAGUAUGCAGGCGAUAGAGUGUGCGAGUGGGUAGUAGACAUUUAUCCCAAGGGUGUGUGGUUCAAGAAAUUUUUCCUCAUUGUGUGGCAGGGCACGGUGGAGAUGCCUGAACAUGUCAAGCGAUCUGUGAGAUUGUCGUUGACUUGCAAAGAGCCGUUAAAUAAUAACAUGCGCGUGAAAAUUGGAGUUUUGAUUUACGGUUUGCAAGAUGGCGUUGAGCAUAUUGCGAGAGUUACUGAAAUUAUUCACAGAUUCAGUAAGAAGGAUCGCGUCUUGAAUCUUGAUGAUCUUCUGCCGUUCGAAGAGCUCAAUCCACUACAGACAGUAUCGGAAAAUGUAGUAUCUCCCUUUUUGGUGGGUCCCAACAAAGACAUGCUCAAAUUACAUAUUGUUAUAUCGCCAGCGAAUUAAUAUUUAAUCUGCGAUACGAAAAUGUUAGAGUGUCGUGAAAUAAAUGUUAAAAAUGUU